GGACAGAGCAAAAGCACACACCUGGGGUGGUAGAAUUCUAGACCAGCCUGGAAAAUGAGACCUGGUCUUCUCUUUGGGGAACAGUGAAACCAACUGCAGUGUUUGAGUCAAUACUUCAGUUUUGUUUUGCAAACCCCAACAAUGUGUUAAGACAAUGAAAAUGAGUAGAUUUUGCGUUAGCCCGAACACACACACACACACACACACACACACAAAAUCACAUACUCCCGCAAAAACUUUGCAACCUAGAAUUUGUAGUCCUGAUUUGUGUUAGGUUUAGGAAUCACCACGGCUUCUCAUUGUAAAUGAAGUGGAAAUGUGGCAUUCAGGGUGUGGUGGUGGUGUUAAAAACUGGAAUCUUUGGGCUCCGGAGAUCAGGAGCCCGUUCCCAGUGUGGGACGAUCUACUGCAAAAGGGAUACUUAGAUCUAGCUGGCCCUUUCUCCUCCUGGGCCCCAGGCCGGUCUACUACGUCAAAUCUACUUUGUAUGACCCUGCCCUUCCCUUCCAGGCCACCUCUGCCUUGAGAAUGAUUUAAUUCUGCAUCCAGUCGAUGGUUCAUUUCUAAGACAAUGUUCUUAGUAGUUGCCUCUGGUCUUAAAGUUGCUCUGAUACAGUGAUUAACUCAGGACCCAACCUUCUUCGUGCUCCUUUUUAUAACUUCUGUUUGGGGAUGCUAAUCAGCUGCCGACUUUUCUGUUUGGGGAUGCUAGUGUGCUGUUCGCCUGCUGACUUUUCCUUACUUAAAUGAUGUUUUAAAACUACAAAUACAGAGAAUAUGCCUGCUGCCCCAGCACUUGGGAGGCUGAGACAGGAAGAUCUUAGUUCAAGGCCACUCUCAGCUAUGUGGCAAGUUUCAGGUCAGCCUAGGCUGUAUGAAACUUGCAUCAAAGCCAGUCAAAUGAAUGCAAACAACUGACACCGACUUUGGAUAUUUUUGUGGAAACUAGCCUACUACUCAAAAAUGCAGGAAGCCCAAGAAUGCAGUGCCAGCCCCAGCAGCAGCGCCAGUGGGAGCUCCUCGUUUUCCAACCAAACCCCAGCCAGUGUAAAAGAAGAGGAUGACAGCCCGGAGAAAGAGCGCCCACCCGAAGCUGAGUACAUCAAUUCCAGAUGUGUACUCUUCACCUACUUCCAGGGCGACAUCAGCUCUGUGGUGGAUGAACAUUUCAGUAGGGCCCUGAGCCAGCCUAGCAGCUAUACCCCCAGCUGUACCAGCAGCAAAGCUCACCGGAGCUCCGGGCCCUGGAGAGCAGAAGGCACCUUCCCGAUGAGCCAGCGCAGCUUCCCCGCCUCCUUCUGGAACAGCGCGUACCAGGCGCCGGUGCCCGCGCCCCUGGGAAGUCCUCUGGCCGCCGCGCACUCGGAGCUGCCCUUCGCCGCAGACCCCUACUCUCCAGCCGCGCUGCACGGCCACCUGCACCAGGGCGCGGCCGACUGGCACCACGCACACCCGCACCACGCACACCCGCACCCGCACCAUCCCUACGCGCUGGGCGGCGCCCUGGGAGCGCAAGCCUCAGCCUACCCGCGGCCAGCCGUGCAUGAGGUCUACGCACCCCACUUCGAUCCGCGCUACGGGCCGCUGCUCAUGCCCGCAGCCUCGGGCCGCCCCAGCCGCCUGGCUCCUGCCUCAGCGCCCGCUCCCGGCAGCCCGCCCUGCGAGCUCGCCGCCAAGGGAGAGCCGGCAGGCGGCGCGUGGGCCGCGCCCGGGGGACCCUUCGUGAGUCCCACGGGGGACGUGGCCCAGAGUCUGGGCCUCAGCGUGGACUCAGGUAAGCGGAGGAGGGAGUGCAGUCUUCCCGCAGCCCCUCCAGCACUGUACCCGACUCUGGGCUGAGCCCCAGGCACCCUGACUUCCCUUGGGAGACCUCCCAGGACCAUGUGGCUGAGAGAUUGCAUGCCAUCAUUUGUUUCUACGGGUAGAUGUCUCUAGAAAGUAGCACCCUGCCCUCGACCUGGCUGCUCGGUGGUACAGAGGACUCUUUUUGUUCUUUGAAUAAAGUUCGAUGGAAAAAUUCUAGCCUGUGUUGAUCAGAACUGUAGCCACUAACCACACGUGACUACUAAGCCUUUGCCCUGUGGCUAGGAUGGACCGUGAUGUGCUGUCAGACAUAAAACACACUGGAUUUCCAAGACUGCAAAAGAAAAAUGAUGUAAAACCUCAUCUCGUUAACAUUUUAUACUGAGUUUGCAUGUUCUAAUAUGUCCAGCAGUUGCCUAUUGGUGUUAUUGGGUUAAAUAAAAUAUACCAUUAAAAGGC